AUGAGAGAUUAGAAUAGUAAAAGCAUAGAAGGAAAGCAAAAAGGAUUAAACGUUUACUAGGCGGCUUAAGCAUUUGUUUCUACAAUAAUUGGAGCUGGUGUUGUGACCAUUCCAUAUGUCUUUGCUUAAGCUGGGUAUGUUGUAGGAAUAGCAAUGCAUCUAAUUAUGAUAGUUGCUCUCAAUUUCUCAGCUUAUCUACUGCUGAAGUCUAGAGAGUACUCUGGCUUUGAAUCAUUUGGUGAGAUUGCCUAUUUUUGCAUGGGGAGACCAUCUGUUUUUAUUACUAACUUUAUUAUUACAUCUGCUACAUCUUUAAUUGUAGUGAUGUAUGGAAUGCUUUUUAGUAAAAUAUGCGUCUCAUUUGCACUUAACCUGUAUGGGAGUUAAUAUGAUGUUACUAAUGAUACCUUAGCUUUGAUUUUAACUUCUAAAGUUUUCUAUGUGUUUCUGCUAUUCUUGAUUUUAUUGCCUUUUGUGAUUAAAAAGAGCAUUAAGGAUUUAAAUAUAGCUGGCAAAUUUUUAUUCUUUGGUCUCACCUCACUUAUUGUUUUGUUAUUUGCUAAGAUUAACUUUAAAGAGUAAUUUAGUAGCCCAAGUGAUAAAGUGUUAGAGCCUUAUAAAUAAGGUUCACUUGCAGACUCUGUUUUCAUUGUACUUACAGCAUAUGGAUUUAUGAUGAGCUUUUUCUCAAUCUUUUCAUAGCUUUAAGUGAAGAAAAAUUCAAACGCUUAAAAGUCUUUGUUUCUUGGUAUGAUUACUUGCUUUGUUAUUUUUAUGGCACUCUCAGUAUAAGCUGUAACCAUUUAUGGUGAGAAUCUCUAGCCAAAUCUUUUCGAUAACAUUCAAGUUGAAACUAACAUUCCAUCUCUUAUAAUGAGAGUUUUAUUUUUGCCAAUCUUUGUCUUUAAUGCUCCAUUUGUGUUUCUUGCAGGCAAAGAAAGUUUACUUAUGCUUAUUGAAGAUCUUACUAGUGAUUUUAUCUCAAAUAGUAUUAAGAAUAGAUUAGAAUAUUUGAGAAACAAAAAAUCCUAUACUCUAAUUGCUGGUGAUAUGAAUGAAAGUUCAUUUAUUAAUGCUAAUGAUGAUGAUUAAGACAAACUAGCAAAUCCAAGAGUGAAUAUAUCAGAUAGAGUAUCAAAUAAGAUUUACUAUUCAGCAGUAAUCAUUCUUUUUACAUUUCAAAUGUUCUUAGCAUAUAUGAUUGAUGACAUUACUAUUAUUAUUGGAUUUUUCACUGCUAUUGCUGAAUCUUCUGUCAAUUUUAUUCUGCCUGGAUUAUUUUUCAUUUUAAGCUCUAGAAUGACUCAUAAAAAGAUCAAUAUUUUGACAUUGAUAGGUAGUUAUUUUUAUGUAAUAUUGGGAGUGAGUCUAUUCUUUUUUGCAAUGUAUAAGAAUAUAACAAAGAUUACCUAAUUAAAAUCUUGA